AUGGGAGAAGAGGUCGCCUCCACCGCUGCGGCGCCGUCCUCGCUGAUGGCCGCGGCGGCCGUCAAGGGGGACGAGGAGCGGUACGCCAUGGUGGCGUCGCGGUUCUUCCGAGUGAAGCCCGGCGCCGGCGGCGCCGCUGCCCUCCGCCCCCACUUCCUCGACUCCUGCUUCCUCUGCAAGAGGAGCAUCUCCCGCGACGGCGACAUCUUCAUGUACAGGGGUGACGCGGCGUUCUGCGGCGAGGAGUGCAGGCAGGACCAGAUGGCCAUGGACGAGGCGCUCAACGCGGCGGCGCGCCGGCACCGCAAGCAGGCCCCGCCAGCUAGCAACCUAUGCUCGUCGGCGCGGCGCGUGCACCAUGGAUCGAUCUUCCUUAGCUAG